CAGAGUACAUCUCACUGGCCCGAACAGCUUGUUCUUUUCGGCCUCUGAGUUAUUAAGACAGCUGUAACCACUAGAAAUUUCUGAAACCGAUCUGCCUUCUGUGAGUCACAAAAUGUUCACCAGCGCUUUAACCUGCUCAAUAUAAAGGCUGACUAUUAAGAAGAGGGAGGGGAUGCUCGUGCAUGAUUUCAUUGUAGUGCUAUUAAAGGGAACAUCUGGGGAAGGAAGUGUGGUACCUCAACUUCUAAUUGAACCUAUUUCAUAAACAAGGUGCACGACUAGAUGUACCAAUUAGGGUAGAGUUGUGUCAGAUCCUGCAUAGUACAAUUACUCAUGGUACUAGAGACCAGUUUGUGCAUAGUUAGGAGAUUUUUGUUGAAGAAAUUUCAAAUAGCUUUCAGAUUUUCUGAGGGGACCAUUUUUUAUUUCUGUCAGAAGGAAUCGAGCCAAACAGUUUAGAAAUGACUGCUGGUAAUGUUAGUGUGAAGCACUUUUAUUCUUAGUGAUUGUGGAAUUUGAAGGAAAGUAAAAUUUCCCAAUUCUCCAUUUGGAAAGCCUGUGCAGGGUGCUCCAGGUAGAAAUAGAGGUGAAAUGUCUACCUUUCCAAAAGCCCUAAUAUCCACUAUAUAAAUAAUUUCAUUAAGUAUAUUUGUGAAGGCUCUAAAGAGCAAAUGUGACACUUGCCAAUAACAUACUCAUUGUAAUGACUUUCAUAUUAAUAUCAAACUUAUUUUUAAAAAUAAACAUUUCAAUUGUACAUCUUUUCAAUAACCUUUUCCUUCAUUUUAGGUUUCUCAGUAAAAGAUUGUGAAACCAAACUUGCUGCAAAGAUGCAAAAGAUGCAAAAAUUUUAUCCCUUGAAAAUGGUAUUGUCUUAACAGGUGUAGAAAAAGAAGUUUGAAGGAAGAAGAGAGCUGUGCUCUUGGAAGAUGAAGAUUCUCUGGGGAAUUCAUGCUAAUGCACUGGCAUAUUCUAUGACUACCUUAGGUGCUGGAAUGAUGAACAGCAUUUUUAAUUUCUACUACGUUAAGCUCUUCGUAAACCGAUACAAAAUUUCAGAAACAGGAUUUCAUGUAGCACAGGUCGUGUUCAUGAUCUGGAACGCCAUCAACGAUCCCCUUUUCGGCUACAUUCAAGACAACUCCCGGCUGAAGUGCUGCGCCAGGCGCCAGUUCUCCAUCUUGUACGGGGCCCCUCUGUACGGCCUGGCCUUCCUGCUGCCAUGGUUCCCCUGGAGGCACUACCAGGAGGGCGACUGGCUCUGCGGCCUGCACCUCGCCGUCGCGCUCUGCGCCUUCGACGGCCUGCUGACCUUCGUGCUGCUGGCGCAGUGCGCGCUCUUCGCCGAGAGCUCCAGCAGGCACGACAGCAGGCUCAGGCUCAUCCAGUACAGCCAGGUGGCCACGCUGCUGGGCUCCAGCAGCGUUCUGUUCUGCGGGCUGGUUUCGGAUAAUAUGGAAAAUUUUGCUUAUUUUCAGGCGUUCGCUGUUCUGGUCGCAGCGCUGGCCACAGCGUGUAUGUGUUGUACAGGUAAAUACAGCACAAGUCAGUAUGAGCAGAGGGACGUUCAUACAGAGGAUGCUAAUCUGGAAAACAGUGAUGGAGCUUUCUCCCUGGCCUCAGUAGUUUCAUUGACCAAACAGAUCAUGACAGAGAAGAACUUCCUGUGUUUUGUAACAAUGAACUUCUUUCAAGUCUUCCACCUAGCCUUCUACAACAAUUUUAUGAUGAUCUUUGCGGAUAAUCUUAUUCCUAAGGAUGUCCUUUCUUCCUCAGUAAGAAGUAUCAUGUAUGGAGCAGGUUUUAUUUGUCCUCAGUGCCUUGUUCUUCUCAGUCAUGCUUCGUUGAAGAAGUUUGGUUAUUACAGAAUCAUCUUGUUUUCCUUUUACUAUGAAGGAGUAGCUGCUGCUGUCAUGUGUCUUCUAGGGCAAGAACACUAUUAUCUGCUGGCAUUUUAUGUCACAACAAACAUGGUAAUUGUACAAGCUUCAUUUAGCUUGUUCAAUUUGCCUUUGGCAGAUAUUGUUGAUGCAGAUUUAAUAAAGCACAAGAGGAGAUUGCCACUUUCCUCUAUGGUUUUUGGUACCAAUGCUUUAUUUACCAAGCCUGCCCAAUCUUUGGCUCCAAUGGUUGUUGUUACAAUACUAAAUCAUUAUGGAUAUUAUAACCUGAAUAAUGUACCUGGUCGUCCUGAUAUAAGCAGGUCAUUUUUAGAUCUGCAUGAUGCCAUGUUCUACCUGGUCUGUCUGGUUCCCCUCUGCAUUGCAGUGCUACAGAUCCUGACCUGGACUCCCUUUUCCAUCCAGAACAGCCACCUGGCAGCUCCACAGUGAAUAUGGAGCCCGUGGUCAGUGCAUCUCCUGCUGAACCACAAGAGAGUUCAGGAAGUUUUUCAUGUGAGAAAGCAAAAUUGCAAGGGUGAAACACAGUUUGAGCUGUUUCAUUCAGUCUCUAUAGACUGGGACUCACAUUCAGCCUUAAUGCUGAGCCUACACAAGUUUUUCCUAGUUCAGUUGCUUUCUGUUAAUGGGUUUUUUCCUUAAUUACUUUAUUUAAAGUAAUUUUUGGUAUAUAAUGAUUCCUGUUAACUCAUUUGAAGAAAGGAUGUGGCAGAUCAGGGAAAGGGAUCCCCACCCAGCACCUGGAAUUCAAGGGAACUGUAUUUUCUCAAGCCUACUGGUGGAUUAAUUUUGCCAUACUGAUAAAAUGGCAGAUCUUUGAAGGUAAUCUGGAAGAUCCCAGUGGACAUCCCUCAUGAAUGGCAGGGAGAUAAAAAUUUAGAUGCUGUCUAGCUGGCCAGUAUCAAGACAGAUCUGACAACUACCGAGGGAAGAUCCAAGAGAAAUUAAUUACUCUCUGAAAGUCUGUGUAAGGCUAAAGCAGAAAAGGAUUCAGAUGCUGUUCAGUGUUGCUCAGUAUGGGAAAAGCUCAGUAAGUCCUCACUGGCUUUCAGAAUCUCUGGUUGGUGGAAGGUCAGUGCAGUUUUCUGGCUUUAAAUGGGAAAAUAAUUUUGAAGGUAUCCUAUAGUUAGUGCCUCAUACAGAAUGUCAUCGUGGCAAGGACUGCAUUAGUCUGUGGAUGUAGGGUUCAGCUCUGGAACAAAUGCAGGCACACACAGUUACUGAACCAAGCUCUGCCUGUUCACUGGUGUUACUUUGGUUACCUCAUUUGGUGUCUGACUAUUUAAGUUAAUUUCUGAAUCAUCAAGUUGAAGUUAGUUAAUUUCUGAUUAAUUCUUAUCAGUUAAGAUUUUAAAUGAAUCCUGUGAUUUUUAUAAAAUAAAGGGGUUUUGACCAAAAUUUAGAAA